CUUUGGCUUGUGUGACGUCAUUGUUGACCCAAAAUGGCGGAGUCGGAGGAAGAUGUGUUGGUCCAGAGAGUUGUUAAAGAUAUUACCAACGCCUUCAAAAGAAACCCCAACAUCGAUGAAAUCGGUGUGAUUCCGUGUCCGGAGGCGCGCUACAAUCGCAGUCCCAUCGUGUUGGUGGACAACAAGCUGGGCGUGGAGAGCUGGUGUGUCAAGUUCUUGCUGCCGUACGUCCACAACAAGCUGGUGUUGUACCGCCAGCGCAAACACUGGCUGGAUAGGGAAGCUUUGGUAGAUCUCACCUCCACCUUGUUGCUGCUCCAUCCUGACUUCACCACCGCUUGGAACGUCAGGAAGGAGUUGCUGCAAAGUGGAGUCUUCCACCCUGACAAGGACCUCUACCUGGCCAAGUUGGCACUCACCAAAUUCCCCAAGAGCCCAGAGACCUGGAUACAUCGACGCUGGGUACUGCAGCACAUGCUGAGAGGAGGCUCAGCAGGGCUGUGCGGUGUGAAGGGUGAAGGGGAGCAGGAAGAAGCAGAAAGGAGUCAGCAGAUGAGUGAAGAUCUGACAAGGAGUCUCCAGCGAGAGCUUCAGGUGUGCUCUGAUGCUGCUUGUCGCUACCCCAGCAACUACAACGCCUGGUCCCAUCGCAUCUGGGUGCUGCAACACAUGGCCAAAGGAAAUGUCAAGGUCUUCCACGACGAGCUGUCCUCCAUGGCUCAGUGGGUGUCAGCGCACGUGUCCGACCACAGUGGCUUCCACUACCGCCAGUUCCUGCUUAAGGAGCUCGUGGCGGACUUCUCUCAGACACGUUGUCCCGGCAACAGCGGCUGUCUCCAGCCGCAUCAGUGUGGGACGUGUCCCUCACGUUCCGGCGGUGCGCAGCUGAAUGGAGAUCUGUCCGAGGAAGAAGAGCAGCUGGAGGUGGAGCUCAACAAACUGUUGAAGCUCUUCCACCAGGAGAUGGAACUGUGCUCGGACCUGAUCCAGUCUUUCCCUGGACACGAGACACUGUGGAGUCACAGGCGUCAUGUCUUCUACUUGUGGCACCAGUGGAGGUUAGAACAUCACCACCUGUACAGCAGUGGCGCCAGCACUCUAAAUAACUCCGGCGGCCUGGUAAAGGCUGCGGGCGGUAGAGACUGGGGGGAGGAUGUGAACGGACACGCUGCCAUGGAGGUAGAUGGCGUAUCGUUGCCUCGUAACAGCAAGCGUCUGAAGAGAGGCCUUCGACCUCCGAGUCUACCCAGCCUGUCGUCAGAGUUCACCUUUGUGUGCGCAGUCCUGGAUGGCCCUUGUCAUCCUGAGCAGAGACGCUUUGCCUUGGCCUACAAGAAGUGGUUGGACACUGUCAUUUGCAAGGAACUCUGAGAUCAGUAGGUGGACCAUGCUUUUAUACAGCAACCUUCCAUUCAUGCCUACAUAUUACAAUGAUUCAUACUUCCUGUCUUCAUCCACAUUCACCUCGCAGACAUUCUUACUUCAACUCUUCAUAUCCUAGACCUCACCGAUUAUUACAAUCUGACCAAACUUGACUGUAUAUUCCAUCAUAUCUUGUAGCAUCUAGGCAUGUAUGUUCAAAGAAACGUCUUACGAGUGGAAUGGGGAAUGUAUCGAUGCAUCGGAAAGAUGUAUCUCUUUGUUGGAUGUGUUGACGCGUCAGAAAGAUGUAUCUACUCCUCAGAAAAAUGUAUUUGUCAGAAGGAUGUGUCGAUGCGUCGGAAUGAUGUAUCUAUUCAGCGAAAAGAUGAAUCUAUUUGUCGGUAAGAUGAAUCUAUUCGUUUGAAAGAUGUAUCUGCGUCGGAAGGAUGUGUCGAUGCGUCUGAAAGAUGGAUCUUUUCGUCUGAAAGAUGGAUCUAUUCGUCUGAAAGAUGGAUCUAUUCGUUGAAAGGAUGUAUCGAUGUGUCGGAAAGAUGUGUCGAUGCGUCUGAAAGAUGGAUCUAUUCGUCUGAAAGAAUGAUCAGUUCAUCGGAAGGAUGUGUCGAUGCAUUGUAAAGAUGUUUCUAUUCACAGAAAAUAUGUAUGUAUUCGUUGGAAAGAUGUAUCGAUGCGUCAGAAAGAUGCAUCAAUGCUUCGGAAGGAUAUAUCGAUGUGUCGGAAAGAUAUAUCGAUGCGAUGGAAAGAUGUAUCGAUGCGUCGGAAAGAUGUAUCUAUUUGUCGCAAGGAUUUACCGGUGCGUCGGAAAGAUGUAUCUAUGCGUGGGAAAGAUGUAUCUGUCGGAAGGAUGUAGCGAUGCGUCGGAAAGAUGUAUGGAUGCGUCGGAAAGAUGUAUCGAUGCGUCGGAAAGAUGUAUCGAUGCGUUGGAAAGA